UGCCGUUGAGAUAGGGCCCCUUUUAUCCCCGCAAGACCGUUUGAGCCGUCGUAACACGAACAAUACCAAGAGCAUGUAUGAGGGGUUCCCAAAGUUGCAUACGCGGCUUGCAUGAGGGGGAAUGCAACUCUUAGCCUUUGAACAACAGGAAUUGGCCAACCAGAGCUGCAGCAGCCAAGUGAAUUGGAAGACGGAAGGAUGGCCGAGGCCAUGACAGGUCUUUUGAGGGGUCAUCGGCCACGGGGAUGGCUCGGCAGGUAUAGUCCGUUGGUGAGAGAUGGCACAAGGAACAUAAGAAGUAAACCCCUUCCCAGCGUGGUCAUCAUCCCAAGGCUCCUCACCGGCGGUUCGUCGUAACCCAAUCCGAGGUCUCGAGCGCAGUAUCGACCAAGAUGUCGCCGUUACCAGAGGAGUUCGACAUCAUCGUGUGUGGUGGUGGGAGUUGUGGAUGUGUAGUGGCUGGAAGGUUAGCCAACCUGGACCAUAAUCUCAAGGUCCUCCUGAUCGAGGCCGGAGAGAACAAUCUCAACAACCCAUGGGUCUUCCGGCCGGCAAUCUUCCCGCGGAAUAUGAAAUUGGACUCCAAGACGGCCACCUUCUAUGAAUCCCGCCCUUCGAAAUGGCUCAGCGGCCGGAGUGCCAUCGUGCCUGCCGCUCACGUCCUUGGUGGAGGGUCCUCCAUCAACUUCAUGAUGUACACUCGAGCUUCUGCUUCCGAUUACGAUGACUUCCAGGCCAAGGGAUGGAAGACGGAAGAGUUGCUGCCGCUCAUGAAGAAGCAUGAGACGUACCAGCGUGCUUCCCACAAUCGGGACACCCAUGGAUUCGAGGGCCCCAUCAAGGUCUCCUUUGGCAACUAUGCCUACCCGAUUAAGGAUGACUUCCUCCGGGCUGUUGAAACCCAGGGGGUCCCUAUCGUCGACGAUCUCCAGGAUCUCCGCACCGGCCAUGGUGCGGAGCAGUGGCUGAAGUGGAUCAACCGCGAUACUGGCCGCCGUAGUGAUAGCGCCCAUGCGUACAUUCAUGCGACCCGCGCUGUCCAUUCGAACCUGUAUGUCGCCUGCAAUACCAAGGUUGACAAGGUCAUCAUUGAGAACGGGCGAGCCGUCGCUGUCCAGACUGUCCCGACUAAGCCGAGCGGCGAUGACGCUGGAGUCCGCGUCUUCCGUGCUCGCAAGCAAAUCGUCGUGUCCGGUGGCACCAUGUCAUCCCCCCUGAUCCUUCAGCGAUCCGGAAUCGGUGAUGCCAACAAGCUGCGCCGUGCUGGAGUCAAGCCCAUCGUCGAUCUCCCGGGUGUCGGUCUUAACUUCCAGGACCACUACCUUACCUUCUCUGUCUACCGGGCUAAACCGGGCACAGAGACAUUCGACGAUUUUGCCCGCGGAGACCCCGAGGUGCAGAAGCGCGUCUUUGAAGAAUGGAACCUCAAGGGAACCGGUCCCCUUGCCACCAACGGCAUCGAAGCGGGAGUCAAGAUUCGCCCAACUGCUGCUGAGCUCAAGGAGUUUGAGUCCUGGCCAACUCCCGAUUUCAAAGAUGGCUGGGAAUCUUACUUCAAGAACAAGCCGGACAAGCCGGUGAUGCACUAUUCGGUCAUCAGUGGAUGGUUCGGCGAUCACAUGUUGAUGCCGCCCGGCAACUUCUUCACCAUGUUCCACUUCCUCGAGUACCCCUUCUCGCGGGGCCAGACGCACAUCACGUCGGCGGACCCGUACGCGGUGCCCGACUUCGACGCGGGCUUCAUGAGCGACGAGCGCGACAUGGUGCCCAUGGUGUGGGGCUACAUCAAGUCGCGCGAGACGGCGCGGCGCAUGGACGCGUACGCGGGCGAGGUCCAGAACAUGCACCCCUUCUUCGCCUUCGACUCGGACGCGCGCGCCCACGACCUCAACCUCGACGACACCAACCGCUACGCCCUGCCCGGCAACGUCACCGCGGGCAUCCAGCACGGCAGCUGGAGCGUGCCGGUGCCGGAGCCCGAGGACAAGCCCGCCAAGGGCAUCGUCACCAGCAACCGCAAGGCCAAGAGGAAGGAGCUCAAGUAUUCAAAGAAGGAUAUCGAGGCGGUCGAGGAGUGGGUGAAGCGCCACGUCGAGACAACCUGGCAUUGUCUUGGUACAUGCUCCAUGGCGCCCAGAGAGGGCAACAGUAUCGUUAAGCACGGCGUCCUGGAUGAGCGUCUGAACGUGCAUGGGGUCAAGGGUCUCAAGGUGGCGGACUUGAGUAUCUGCCCCGACAACGUGGGCUGCAACACGUACUCGACUGCGCUCCUUAUUGGCGAGAAGGCGGCCAUGUUGGUUGCCGAGGACCUUGGCUACUCGGGCGAGGCGCUCGACAUGAAGGUGCCGGAUUACCAUGCUCCGGGUGAGAACCGGCUCGCUUCGAGGCUGUAAGGUGUAUUUGAUGUCUUGGAGUGGGGGGUUGGAUCUAAGGAAAUGAUGGUAUUUCAGGUCGUUUGUCGGGUCAGGUUCGGAAUCGAUCAGUGAGACACUCUUUCUACCGUUCAAGGUUGACUUUCUUUACCCUCCUUUUUGCACUCUUGUGCGCCGUAGCCGGGAAUCAAGUAGUGGCAAAUAGUAUGACCAGUUUGUUCUUUGA